CAUCCUUCGUGAAGUUCAGAGCUCUCGUGCGUUUUUGAAUCUGAUUCUAAACCAUGCCACCCAAGGCAAGCGGAAAGGCUGUGAAGAAGGCUGGUAAAGCCCAGAAGAACAUCAGCAAGACCGACAAGAAGAAGAAGAGGAGGAGGAAGGAGAGCUAUGCUAUCUACAUCUACAAAGUCUUGAAGCAAGUCCAUCCUGACACCGGAAUCUCCAGCAAGGCUAUGAGCAUCAUGAACAGCUUCGUCAAUGAUGUCUUCGAACGCAUUGCUGCCGAAGCUUCCCGAUUGGCUCAUUACAACAAACGAUCGACCAUCACAUCUCGGGAGAUCCAGACUGCUGUGAGGCUUUUGCUACCUGGUGAAUUAGCCAAGCACGCUGUUUCAGAAGGAACCAAGGCAGUCACCAAGUAUACCAGCUCCAAGUAAACGCUUUAGCGUUAUUAGAUUAAACGGCCCUUUUUAGGGCCAACAAUUUUCU